AUUGAUGUAUAAAACCAGAUGCCAUUGUACAUCGCUAAAUUGCCUUCAGCGUUUAUCAAAGAAAGAGCAGUCAAAGAGUUUCAAGAUGGGAUCUUCCUACAUAACAAUUCGCUCUGUUCUAAGCGUGCUAUCCCUCAUUGCUUACAUUUUGACCUUGAUACUCAAUGGUUUCGCUACUCCAAACGUACGUCCCGGGUUCUUGAACGAUCUCUACGGUAAUAACCUCAGUACUGGCGAUGUAUCCGACAAGUAUAGCACAGAAAUCACUCCUGCAGGAUGGGCGUUUAGUAUUUGGGGUGUUAUCUACACAUGGCAGAUGCUAUGGAUUCUGUAUUCCUUGAGUUUGAUAUGCCGUCCUCACGCUCCUGAUGUUCUCAACUGGUUGUUUCAUGUGUUGUUCAUUUGUACCUGUGUGUUCAACUCCACUUGGAUCAUAAUAUGGCAGAGAAUGAAGAUCACUGGAGCCUCAAUCGUCCUAUUUUGCAUCGCCUUCAACCUCUAUGGCCUCUUGGCUUUGUCCUAUUACCGUUUCAACAAGUUAUACGAUGCCACCUGCUCGAAGAUCGACUUCUACGCCAUUCAAGCACUCGUUCACAACGGCAUCGCCUUCUACGCUACUUGGACUACUGUAGCUUCUCUUCUCAACAUGACGAUUGCAAUUACCUACGUACAUGACGUAGCCAACGCAACAGCUUCUACAGUGGCUCUAGUCAUCCUCACCCUUGAGAUCUUGGUCUGGUUUAUCCUUGAAAAUACAGUGCUGGAACGUUUUCUCCGCUACACAGUCAGCCAGUACCCUGUGUUGAUUGUUGCUCUGUCUGCCAUUAUUUCCAAGCACUGGAACUCCGACAAAAGAAACUCGAUUUUCUCGCUGGUUCUGUUGAUCUUGGUUUGCGUGCUGUUUGUUAUCCGCAUCCUUCGUGUUAUUUAUAAAAUCAAGACCUCAAGAUGUCAGAAAACACAAGAUUUUUCCUUUAAAGAAGGACAAUAUGGUGCUAUGUAAAAACAACCCUUGAAGUGCUGUAUCUAACUAAUUACUCUAAUAAUUAUUGGAUUAUAAUACUGUACGUCAACUGUAAUUUUGCGGUAAUAUAAUUAUAUUAGAAGAUAAAAACUUAAAAGAUGACGAUAAUGAAUACUUUGCCCAUUACGAUAUAUAUUUUUUCUAUGCGUUACCGUCAUGUCACGCGUCACGCAAUAUACAUAUAUUUUUUAUUUGAUUAUCAGUUGUCACAGGAUGUAAACUUAUAUAUGUAAAUUUUCCCUGCUGUGAAUAUUUAUGCAAUAUACUUAAUGAUAGAAAAGCAAUGUAUUUUUAUAAUUUUGCUAUUAAAAUUGUUAUAAUGGUA